AUGGAGUUCUCAUUAGAUAAUUUUGAUAUUCCUGAAACAUACAAAGCUGAGCUCCUUGAAAGGCAAAAGAGAGUUGAACUUGUAAAUCAAAUAAACCCACAAAAUUAUAAAGAAAUUCAUCAACAACUAAUUCCACUAUUUCCACAGCUUCCCCAACAAGUUAUGGGAUUCUGCGAAUUGUUUAUUGUUGUAUCAAAGACAAAAUCUCAUGUAUUGUAUUAUUCAAUGUGGGUUUUAUGCCAAUUGCUUCAAACACUACCUCCAAACUCACGUCCAAUGCCUCAAGAUGUUCUUGAUUCAAGUACAGAAAUAUUCUCUUACUUCGUUAAAUUUGGAAUUUUUUCAACAGCCGAAUAUCGUCAAAAUUUCGAAGAUAUAUGCACACGCGGCCAAUCAUCUGUUAUCAGCUCUCUCAUUAUCGUUAGCUCAGUAUUCGAUAAACAAGAUAUUCUUAACUUUUACUUAGCAUUUGACAGCAAGCCAACCACAGAUUAUUAUCUUACAAACUGGGGAACAAUGGGAAGCUUGAGAUCUACAAAUCCAACAGCUUUGCUCGAUGAAACCCGUGAAGAAGAAGAUAAACCAGAGUUAUCGAAAAUUAAUAACUUCUUAGAUCUUGCUGCUGAUAAUUUCAAGGAAGUUUCAUCAAUUCUCGAAUGCAAAUGCAAAACAAACAACAUUUUGGCAGCUCUUUUAAAUGAUGAUAUUGAUUGGUUCAUUAAACACUGCAAUAGUGAAAAUCCAGUUCUUGGAAACCAUAAAUACGAGUUUUUGAAUAGAUAUUACGGUAUCGAACCAACAUCUCAAGUUAAUUUGAUUGCCGCCAUGUUUAAUUCACCAAAGAUCCUUUCAUACUUGAUUUCUCGUGGAAAACCUGAUCAUAAAUUGAUUCAGCUUGCAAUUAUCGUUGCUAUCAAUGGAGAUUUAGAAAAUCUUAAGCUAAUUGCUUCAAAGAUCCAACUUCCAUCAGAUGUAUUGCUUUAUUCAUUACCAACAACGAGCAUUCCAUGCUUAGAAUUCCUUGCAGAAAAUGUUUUAGGCAGAAGAAUGGUAUUUUGCACUCAAGACUUAAUGAUUGACCAAAAAUAUACAUAUCCACCUCUUUCUAUGGCCUACAUCGUCCAGAAAAUGAACAUUUCUAUUAAUUUCUUCCAAUGUUGGAUAUCAGAAUCCUCAUUAGAAGACUUAUUCAGCUUGUACUUACUCCAUCAUGGCGCUGUAUCCAUUGCUCAUUCAGAUCUACACACAACUAUUGACUUUUUGCUCAAUCGCGGCCGUGAUGAUGUAAUUAAAGCUUUUCUUCAGCGAUCGAACUUGGAACACCUAUGGACAAAGCUUGUACUUAGGCUAGAGCCACCGAAUGAUAUCAGAUUGAUCCAAAUUGUCAAAGAAAUUAUGGGAGAAAUUCCAAUGAGAAGUUUAAUCACUGUUUUCGCCCAAGCAAUACAAACAAGGUCCGAAUCACAAGUCAGAGCCUUAGUUACAUGCGGCGGAAACGAUUUUCUCGAAGAAAUUGUGACGACCACCGGACUAACCGUUCUAAACUUGAUCGCUUUCAACUCAGAUCCAUCAAUUAUGAGUACGAUCAUCAGGAGAGGCGGUGCAGAUAUUAAUAAUACAAAACAUCCAGGACUUGCAGCUCCGAUCCACUUUGCAGCCUGUAGGGACGAUCCUGGCAUGGUUACUGCAUUGCUGGCAUUCCAUGGCCUCGAUUUGAAUCGAUAUGACGGUUAUAAUCGAACUCCGUUAGAUAUUGCCUACAAUCCAAAGGUUGCACAAGUAAUUUACAACAAUGGAGGCCGUUAUGGAACAAGGCCAAGGUUGGAUAAGUACAAUGAAAGAGAUUUCAUUAGAUCUAAUAUUUUAAUGAAGAUUUCGACUUCACUUGGGCCACUUUCCAAGUUUAACGCACUUUUAAUGAAUCCAAGAAUAGAAACACAGUUCAGAGUGGCUCUUGCAGUGAAUAAUGGCGGUAUGAAAUUUUCAAAUCUUCCUGGCGGAGAUUGCAAGUUUGCAACAAGAACUGUACCAAUCAUUAGAGGUCCUUAUAGAUUUGGUGACCUCGGGGCUGAUGCUGGCAACGUAUAUAACUAUAAUUUAGUCAAGGAAUCGAGUUACGGAGGAUAUGGAACAAUUGGUGGCAGAAAAGUUAAUCAUCACGAUUGA